GAAUUAGGUUUUCAAAAGUAGAGGGGCUCUCCAGCCAGGGCUUCUGCGAUCCUCGGGGCCCUCCUGGGCAAGUACUGACUAUCCCUCCCCAAGGCGAGAGCGCUGUUCACCAGGGUGAGAAACUGGCCAACAUGGUACCCCAUCACCAGCCAUCACUGACACCCCAUUACUCCUGCUCCUAGGAACCCUCCACUGUGUUCCCAGAGACCCCCCUCUGGCUUUGGCUUGGGGGUCCUGUUGGGGGGGAUGUCCUCUCCGAGGCCGGGCUCCAGCGUUCUGAAAAAGAUCGCCCAUCUCUCUGGCUCCAGUGGCACCACUCCAAUCCCCUUGCAGCUGGGAGGAGCCAGGAGGCUGACCGACCCCAUACUCUGCGCCCCCACCCCAUGCCCACAGAAGCCUUGGAGCUGGAGAGGAGGUUUGGUUCCUGUUCCCCAGCCAUUACUCCCAAGUUGCAACCAAAGUCUCUUGCUUGAUCCUACGCAGCCCCACCCUCUCUCCCUGCAUCUGGGUGCCUGGCCCUGCCUGCCCCACACCCCCGCCCACUGAUCUUGGCCGUCUGGCACCCUCUCUCCUCCCAUCCCUAGGGGAGCUGGCAGGGGCCCAGCAUAGCCGCUGUUGUAAUGUCCCUGGCAGUGCCCAUGGAGAGGAACGGCUGGACCUGUUCCCAAUCAGUUAACCUGGGCCCUCUGCUCGCCAGGGGAACUUGACUCAGGCUCUAGGAGGGGACACCAUGGUUCUGACCCGAGACCAGUGGCAAGGAGCUCUCCAGGGCUGUUUGUAGUCCACAGGAGCUGCCCAAGUAAUGGAGCCCUGGAGCAUUGAGACUUGCUGAUCGCUGUCCAGCAGAGCCUUGUGGCUUUUCAGGGCAAUGGGCCUUUUUUCUCAAAGGCAGAUUAGGAUGGGGGUUUCUGUGUACUUGCAUAGUGGCAGAGGAAGGAGGAGGAGUCCUCUUGGUCCAUUCAGGGUACAAGAAGAUGGCUGGCAAUGGCUAUUGGGUUACCAGGAUGCCAGGGAGUGAGAUGCUGGGAUGGGCUGAGUGUGGGAAAGGCAGGAUCCUCCUUCUGGGACAGCUGUCGUCCCAGCUAUGCCCAUCUUCUGAACCUAGGCCCUGAGUUCCGCCCCACCCCUCACUGUAGGUGGAAGAGGAUGGGAGGGCCUGGAAGGUUUAGGAAGCUAAGGUUUCCCUUCCUCGCCUCCCCUUCUUGGCUCCCUCUCCCAGCCCAGGUGUUUCUGCAGAAGCUCCUCCUGGGGCCAAGAGCAGCUCACAGCCAGACAGGGGCCGAAGAAGAAGGAGAGGGGCUCCUGGGGUCCCUGCAGAGCCGGCGCUGAUGUGCACGCCCUGGCACAAGCAAGCGCAUCUCUCAGCCCCUCCAGGGCUGCUCCCACCCACCUCGCCUCCUAUACAUUCCCUGCACACUCCGCCAGAAAUAAAGGAGUGUACUGCUCUCGCCCACACAGUUCACGGACUUUGGAGACACAGUCAGGAGGAGAGAGAGAGCAUCAGCAGUCUCUAGGUGGCUGUUGGAGGCAGGGAGGAGAGUAAAUGAAGAGAAAGAACUGGAAUAACUCCUUCCAGAAAGGGAAGCAAGCUUGGCUGCACACCCCCAGUCUUGCGCAAGCGGCAGCCCCGCCCGGGAGCAGGGUGGAGGCUGGGGCGAUGGUGGGCGCCCAGAAGAUGCCCCAUGGCUACUGAGGGGGCUGCCCGGCCAGGGAGCAGAGCGGCGGGCAUGGUGUGCAGCCUGGGGGUCCUGCUCCUGGUGUCUUCUGUUCUCGCCCUGGAAGAGGUAUUGCUGGACACCACGGGAGAGACAUCUGAGAUUGGCUGGCUCACCUACCCGCCAGGAGGGUGGGACGAGGUGAGCGUUCUGGAUGACCAGCGACGCCUGACUCGGACCUUCGAGGCCUGCCACGUGGCGGGGGCACCCCCAGGCACCGGGCAGGACAACUGGCUGCAGACACACUUUGUGGAGCGGCGAGGGGCCCAGAGGGUGCACAUCCGUCUCCACUUCUCCGUGCGGGCGUGCUCCAGCCUGGGCGUGAGCGGGGGCACCUGCCGGGAGACCUUCACCCUGUACUACCGCCAGGCCGAGGAGCCCGACAGCCCUGGCAGCGUGCCAGCCUGGCACCUCAAGCGCUGGACCAAGGUGGACACAAUCGCAGCCGAUGAGAGCUUCCCCCCCUCAUCCUCCUCCUCCUCCUCUUCCUCCUCCUUGGCGUGGGCUGUGGGCCCCCACGGGGCUGGGCAGCGGGCCGGGCUGCAGCUGAACGUCAAAGAGAGGAGCUUCGGGCCCCUCACCCAGCGUGGCUUCUACGUGGCCUUCCAGGACACGGGGGCCUGCCUGGCCCUCGUCGCGGUCAGGCUCUUCUCCUACACCUGCCCCGCCGUGCUCCGGGCCUUUGCCUCCUUUCCAGAGACGCAGGCCAGCGGGGCUGGGGGGGCCUCGCUGGUGGCAGCCGUGGGCACCUGUGUGGCUAACGCAGAGCCAGAGGAGGAUGGAGUGGGGGGCCAGGCGGGGGGCAGCCCCCCCAGGCUGCACUGCAAUGGGGAGGGCAAGUGGAUGGUAGCCGUCGGGGGCUGCCGCUGCCAGCCUGGACACCAGCCUGCGAGAGGGGACAAGGCCUGCCAAGCCUGUCCCCGGGGGCUCUAUAAGGCCCAGGCUGGAGAUGCCCCCUGCUCACCCUGCCCAGCCCGCAGCCAUGCUGCCACCACCGCGGCGCCCGUGUGCCCCUGCCUCCAGGGCUUCUACCGGGCCAGUUCCGACCCACCAGAGGCCCCCUGCACUGGCCCUCCUUCAGCGCCCCGGGAGCUGUGGUUCGAGGUGCAAGGCUCAGCGCUCAUGCUGCACUGGCGCCUGCCUCAGGAGCUCGGGGGUCGGGGGGACCUGCUCUUCAACGUCGUGUGCAAGGAGUGCGCAGGCCAGCAGGAGCCGGGCGGCAGCGGGAGCACGUGCCGCCGCUGCAGGGAUGAGGUCCACUUUGACCCCCGCCAGAGGGGCCUUACUGAGAGCCGAGUGUUAGUGGGGGGGCUCCGAGCACACGUGCCCUACAUCCUGGAGGUGCAGGCUGUCAACGGGGUGUCUGAGCUCAGCCCAGACCCUCCCCAGGCUGCAGCCAUCAAUGUCAGCACCAGCCAUGAAGUCCCCUCAGCAGUGCCCGUGGUGCACCAGGUGAGCCGGGCCGCCAACAGCAUCACGGUGUCCUGGCCGCAGCCCGACCAGGCCAAUGGCAACAUCCUGGACUAUCAGCUCCGCUACUAUGACCAGGCGGAAGACGAGUCCCACUCCUUCACCCUGACCAGUGAGACCAACACUGCCACCGUGACGCAGCUGAGCCCUGGCCACAUCUACGGCUUCCAGGUGCGGGCAAGGACCGCUGCUGGCCAUGGCCCCUACGGGGGCAAGGUCUACUUCCAGACGCUGCCACAAGGUGAGCUGUCCUCCCAGCUUCCAGAGAGACUCUCCUUGGUGAUCGGCUCCAUCCUGGGGGCCUUGGCCUUCCUCCUGCUGGCGGCCAUCACCGUUCUGGCCGUGGUCUUCCAGCGGAAGCGGCGUGGGACGGGCUACACGGAGCAGCUGCAGCAGUACAGCAGCCCAGGGCUCGGGGUGAAGUAUUACAUCGACCCCUCCACGUACGAGGACCCCUGCCAGGCCAUCCGGGAGCUUGCCCGGGAGGUCGAUCCUGCGUAUAUCAAGAUUGAGGAGGUCAUUGGGACAGGCUCUUUUGGAGAAGUGCGCCGGGGCCGCCUGCAGCCCAGGGGACGGCGGGAGCAGGCCGUGGCCAUCCAGGCCCUGUGGGCCGGGGGUGCCGAGAGCCUGCAGAUGACCUUCCUGGGCCGGGCGGCGGUGCUGGGCCAGUUCCAGCACCCCAACAUCCUGCGGCUGGAGGGCGUGGUCACCAAGAGCCGGCCCCUCAUGGUGCUGACGGAGCUCAUGGAGCUCGGCCCCCUGGACAGCUUCCUCAGGCAGCGGGAGGGCCAGUUCAGCAGCCUGCAGCUGGUGGCCAUGCAGCGGGGAGUGGCCGCCGCCAUGCAGUACCUGUCCAGCUUUGCCUUUGUGCACCGUGCACUCUCUGCCCACAGCGUGCUGGUGAACAGCCACCUGGUGUGCAAGGUGGCCCGGCUUGGCCACAGUCCUCAGGGCCCGGGUUGUUUGCUGCGCUGGGCGGCCCCGGAGGUCAUUGCACACGGAAAGCAUACAACAGCCAGCGACGUCUGGAGCUUUGGGAUAGUCAUGUGGGAAGUGAUGAGUUAUGGAGAACGGCCCUACUGGGACAUGAGUGAGCAGGAGGUACUAAAUGCAAUAGAGCAGGAGUUCCGGUUGCCCCCGCCUCCGGGUUGUCCUCCUGGACUACAUCUGCUUAUGUUGGACACUUGGCAAAAAGACCGUGCCCGGCGACCUCACUUUGACCAGUUGGUGGCUGCAUUUGACAAGAUGAUUCGCAAGCCAGACACCCUGCAGGCUGGCGGGGACCUUGGGGACAGGCCUUCCCAGGCCCUUCUGAACCCUGUGGCCCUGGACUUCCCCUGUCUGGACUCCCCCCAGGCCUGGCUUUCGGCCAUUGGACUGGAGUGCUACCAGGACAACUUCUCCAAGUUUGGCCUCUGCACCUUCAGUGACGUGGCUCAGCUCAGCCUGGAAGACCUGCCUGCCCUGGGCGUCACCCUGGCCGGCCACCAGAAGAAGCUGCUGCACAACAUCCAGCUCCUUCAGCAGCACCUCCGGCAGCCGGGCUCAGUGGAGGUCUGAGGCCUGGGCAGGAAGCUGUGGACUGACACUGCCCCAACCCUGCCCUGGACACUGGCCAAGAAGGGACAUGGGAGAUGUGAGCCAGGCUCCCUCUCGGUCCCCGUGUGAGAUGCCCACAGCAAACCCAGCUGUCCGGCCGAUGCUGCAUCUCCAGCCCUGCGCCCCUCCACCAGCCUCCCCACAUUAAAGGGAAACAAGGGAAUU